AUGUUUAAUGCAGAUCUGUUCAGAUAUACCUACUCGACAGAAGAAACAAUAAAAAAAUCUACCUUCGUCAUUUCUCAUGAUGUGUUGCAUAAUUCAUGUGAUAUCUCUGAGACCAUUCGACGAGAGGAGAAUGAGAUAUUUUUUAUGUCACGUCAAGAUCUUAUUCAUGAACUUAGAAUUGAAUUUGCCGAAAGUGUUGACCAUUAA